CAGGAGAGGCCACAACAGUGAGAGGCCUGCGUACCACAAAAAAAGAAAAAAAGUGGUCAAAUUUCCAGAGGAUAUGCAGAGACAGAAAGCCCAGAGAAGGGAAGUAACUUGGCUAAGGUCACACAGCAAGCCGGCAGUGAAGCCAGGUCUGACUCUCCCUCCUUCCUCUCCCCUCCUCCACAGCCAGUGUUUUUCCCAUUGUUAUUUUCAAGGUGCUAGGGGACAUAAGGAGGCCACCACAGACUGAGGCCAGGCCCUGUACCAGGAACUUUGACCAGGCUAGUCAUUUAACCUUCAGGCUGACCCCAUGAGAUGGGGUUAACCCUAUUUCACAGCUGAGGAGAUUGCAUCUCCUGAGGCAAAGGAUGGGGGAGGAGGCGAGGGGUCUCUGAGAGGGUCCCCCUGCAACUAAGCCCAGGCUCAAGUCUGGAAGCAGAAUCACCCAGAGGAACGAGGCUUUUCCGCUUUUUGGUUUUAUCUCCAACUUGGCUGCUGAAACCCCAACAGAGUCCAGUUCUUGUGGGCUGGAGCCAUUUUCCCCUUUACAAAACUAGGACAUAUUGAGAAUGUCCUGCCGUUCAGGGCCAUGGGCCGCAGUUGCCAGGAGGCGAGGUCUGUGGGAGGAGAGCUGUGAGCAGAGAGGAGGGAAAGUUGAAUUUGGCCCUUCCGGGCACAAAAAGUCCCCUUGUUCUGCCUUAGCAGGAGCCUGCACAAUAUUUCCCUGCUGUGCAGUCCCAAGCAGCUUCAAGGUCAAAAGCUGGUAGGUCUUCUAAACUUCUGAGGACCCAGCCAGCCAAGCACCCCAAGGCAGGCCUGGAGGGGAUGUGCCAAAGAUCUGAGCUCUGAGGCCAGACAUUGCAUCUGACUGGCUCACAGCUGCAUCCACUAGCGGCCAGCUUAGCGCACACUAGGUGUGCAGUGUGUAUCAAGUUUACCUGAAUUAAAAUUAAAUCCUGGCAGCACCAUUUACUGGCUGUGUGACUUCAGGUUAGUUACUCCACCUCUCUGAGCCUUCGUUUCCUCAUCUGUAGAAUGGGGCCAAUAACACCAGCCCCUACUUUCUAAGAAUGUGAGAGACUUAGACGAAAUGACACUUGGGAAGCGCUUAGUGCAGGGACUGGCACACUGUAGGUACUCCGCAAAUGUCAGGAAGUCACUUCUUCUGCACUAGACACUGUGUUAAGCCUUUUACAUUUGCCAUCUUGUGGAAAACUCCCAUCUACUCUCCGGGGCAUGAGUUAUUUUUCUCAUUUUCCAGAAGAAGAAUUUGAGGCUUGAGAAGCAUCUUGGCCAAAGUCAUGGCCAGCAGGGAGCAGAGCUGAGAUCUGAGAUUUGAAGCCCAUUUUCCUAACCAUUAGACUAACCAGACUACAGCUGGCCAGGCACGCUGCUGGGCCUUUUUUUUUCCCCCAGCCUGGGGACAGGGUAUUCGAGGAGAGUCCCCAGAGAAAGCUGCAUCACUUACUGGCUGUGUGACCUUAGGCAAGUUGCUUUGCCUCUCUGUGCCUCAAUUUUCCCAUGUGUAAGGGCCACUGAGGGAAUCAAGUAUAAAAAGGGCUGGGCGGUGUCUGGCAUCUUCUAAGCCGUCAGUGGAUGGUAGCGAUGGUGGUGGUGGCAUGCCUCAACCCUGACUUCCCCCCGCAGGCUGGCACGAUGCGCGUGGUAGUGAUCGGAGCGGGCGUCAUCGGGCUGUCCACCGCCCUCUGCAUCCAUGAGCGCUACCACUCGGUCCUGCAGUCGCUGGACGUGAAGGUCUACGCAGAACGCUUCACCCCGCUCACCAACACUGAUGUGGCUGCCGGCCUCUGGCAGCCCUACCUCUCCGAGCCCAGCAACCCACAGGAGGCGCGCUGGAACCAGCAGACCUUCAACUAUCUCCUGAGCCACAUCGGUUCUCCCAACGCUGCAGACAUGGGCCUGGCCCCAGUCUCAGGCUACAACCUCUUCCGUGAAGCCGUUCCGGACCCUUACUGGAAGGAUGUAGUUCUGGGAUUUCGGAAGCUGACUCCGAGAGAGCUGGACAUGUUUCCUGAUUACAGCUAUGGCUGGUUCAACACAAGCCUGAUUCUGGAGGGAAGGAAGUAUCUGCAGUGGCUGACCGAAAGGUUAACUGAGAGAGGAGUGAAAUUCCUCCUAAGGAAGGUGGAGUCUUUUGAGGAGGUGGCAAGAGGAGACGCUGAUGUGAUUAUCAACUGCACUGGGGUGUGGGCUGGGGCUUUGCAACCAGAUCCCCUGCUGCAGCCAGGCCGGGGGCAGACCAUUAAGGUGGAUGCCCCAUGGAUGAAGCACUUCAUUAUCACCCACGACCCAGAGAGAGGCAUCUAUAAGUCCCCGUACAUCAUCCCAGGGAUCCAGGCAGUGACUCUUGGAGGCAUCUUCCAGCUGGGGAACUGGAGUGAGACAAACAAUAUCCAGGACCACAACACCAUUUGGGAAGGCUGCUGCAGACUGGAGCCCACACUGAAGGUUGCAAAAAUUGUUAGUGAAUGCACUGGCUUCCGGCCAGUACGCCCCCAGGUUCGACUAGAAAGAGAACAGCUUCAUGUUGGAUCUUCAAACACAGAGGUCAUCCACAACUAUGGCCACGGAGGCUAUGGGCUCACCAUCCACUGGGGCUGUGCCCUGGAGGUGGCCAAGAUCUUUGGGAAAAUCCUGGAAGAAAGGAAUUUGCUCAGGAUGCCACCAUCCCACCUCUGAAGAUGCCAGUGACCUCCGCCUCCCCCACAAAAACUCCCUGCUCCCCUCAGCCAACUAAUCAUCGCACCCAUCGUUAACCCCCCACGCCACCUGACUCCUUUUUGCAAGAAGCACAAGGUGAGAGGAAACCACGGGGUCAAUUCCUGAAGGAGAGUCCUGUUAUCCCAUGAGUCCUCAGAGGAAGGAAAGCUCAGAAUAUCCAAGUGGCGAAGGAGCUCUGAGCGAGGGAGAGUGUGAGGGAGCCCCGAGUGAGGGAGGUCUGGGUGAUGGAGGCUGUUGCAACCUUGGUUCCCUAAGGCCACAGAAUGCACUUGACGUGACUGGUAUCAGAUUUCAUUGCAGGAAUUUAUACAUAGAACUGGGGUAUAGAGAAGACAGAAGAGGAGAGCCAUUGAACUAGCAACAUGGGAUGCCUGUUCCACAUCCAGCACUCCUAAUGGCUUCAGCGGCCCCACGGGCACUAUGUAACCCUUGAGGAGGACCCCUUGAGGGUCGUCCCCAAAGGAACCCCUUUAUAGAUAACUAAACUCACCAAGCAGAUUGAACGUGUCCCUUACCUUCCGGCUAGCACACUCUGGGGUAGCAAACAGGCUUCCAGAUGUUUCUGAGAGCUUUGAAGGAGCCCAGAUGGCACCUUAGCAUCUUCAUCCCUAAUUACCUGCCUCAGCCUCUGAGGUGAAUUUUUAUCUCUCCGGGGCUUUGGUAAAAACCAGAGCCUAGUAUUCCUCAUGCAUCUGGGACCAGUGACACCCUAUGUGCUGUGAGGGGGUCUUGAUGGGCCCGUGCCAUCUAUAUCCAUGUCAUUUCACCUGAUGGGCUCUUCAUGGAGCAUAUGCCAUGAAGAUUUUGGCUGGCCCUAAGCUAAGCAGGGUAUGAGAGCCAAGAUCUUAGAAUUCCUGCCCUAAUAAUAAUAACAAUUAUUAUUUUUAUUACAGUUAUAAUUUUUUGCAUUCUAACGGGCUACUGGUGCUCAACUCUUACAAACAUUAUGCAUUUAUUCCUUACAACCUACCCCCACCCACCCCGGAAGUAUCUAUUAUUCCCAUUUCGUAGAUGAGAAGACCAAGGCACAGAGAGGCAAUACAAGGCCAGCAGCUGGGAAGGGGUAGAAUGGAGAUUCAGGGCCAGAAAUUAUGUGGUUCCAGUGGCUCACUUUCAACCACCAUGAAACACUGAAUCCCAGGUUGGGGGGAAAUACAUAGUUACGAAGGAAUCGGUUGGCCUCCUCCCCAACUACUGCAAACACACUGUAAAGGAACCAGGUCUCUCCUCCUCACAGCCACAUUUGGGCCAAGAUCAGGGGACUCUCACCAGAUUGGAGUCAGGGACACUUCCUGGUGCUUGGA